GGAUAGCGGCGGACAGAGGCAAACUACGUUUCCCGGCGUGCCGCGCGCCGCGGCUCCGCUACCGGGUCUGUGCCGUCGCCUCCGCCGGGGCGGAAUGUCCGAGGGUGUGCGUGGGGGCGGGGAGGGUGCUGGGUGUCCUUCCGCCUGAAAGGAAGAGGAGGAAGAGGAAGAGGAUGGCGGCGGCCGAGAAGGAGGAUGAGGCGGCGGCGACAGCCGAGGCCGUGAGGCGGUAGCGAGAGAGAGAGAGCUGAGAGCGAGAGAGAGUGUCCGAGCGCGGCCCUCCCUCCGUCCGUUUUUCUCCCCGCGCCCCCUCAGGAUGUUCGGGCGGUCGCGCAGCUGGGGAGGCGGCGGGCACGGCAAGGCCUCGCGGAACAUCCACUCGCUCGACCACCUCAAGUAUAUGUAUCAUGUUCUGACCAAAAAUACCACUGUGACUGAGCACAACCGCAACCUGUUGGUGGAGACUAUUCGAUCUAUAACUGAGAUCCUAAUAUGGGGAGACCAAAAUGACAGUUCAGUGUUUGAUUUUUUCUUGGAGAAGAACGUGUUUGUGUUCUUUCUGAACAUUCUGCGUCAGAAGUCUGGCCGUUACGUGUGUGUGCAGCUCCUGCAGACCUUGAACAUCCUUUUCGAAAACAUUAGUCAUGAAACGUCUCUCUACUAUUUGCUUUCCAACAACUACGUAAAUUCUAUCAUUGUGCACAAAUUUGACUUCUCGGAUGAAGAGAUUAUGGCGUACUACAUUUCGUUCCUGAAAACGCUUUCUCUGAAACUCAACAACCACACAGUUCAUUUCUUUUACAAUGAGCACACAAAUGAUUUUGCCUUGUACACUGAAGCCAUUAAAUUCUUCAACCACCCGGAAAGCAUGGUCAGGAUUGCUGUUAGAACAAUAACUUUAAAUGUCUACAAAGUGGACAACCAGCCUAUGCUGCACUACAUCCGAGACAAAACUGCCGUCCCGUACUUCUCCAAUCUCGUCUGGUUUAUUGGGAGCCAUGUGAUUGAACUGGAUAACUGCGUGCAAACGGAUGAAGAGCACAGAAAUAGGGGGAAGCUUAGUGACCUGGUAGCCGAGCACCUUGACCAUCUUCAUUAUCUAAAUGAUAUCCUUAUCAUUAACUGUGAAUUCUUAAAUGAGGUGCUCACAGACCACCUGCUGAAUAGCCUUUUCCUGCCUCUCUAUGUGUAUUCAUUAGUAAAUCAAGAUAAGGGUGGAGAGCGUCCGAAAAUCAGCCUCCAGGUUUCUCUGUACCUGUUAUCGCAAGUUUUCCUGAUCAUACAUCAUGCGCCUCUGGUCAAUUCCCUGGCCGAAGUUAUUCUCAACGGAGACCUGUCAGUGUUUUUUUCAAAAGUUGAGCAAGACAUCCAGAAGAGCUCAAUCAAGACUGGUAUCAGAUGCUUCAUUAAACCUACGGAGACCUUAGAAAGAUCCCUGGAAAUUAAUAAACAUAAGGGCAAGAAGAGGCUGCAGAAGAGGCCUAAUUAUAAGAAUGUUGGGGAGGAUGAAGAGGAAGAGAGGGGGCCAGAAGAGGCCCAAGAAGGCACAGAGGGUCUGUCCAAAGGCAUCAAGCCCACUGGGGAGAGCGAAGAAAUUGAGAUGGUCAUCAUGGAGCGAUGCCAGUUGUCUGUCACUGAGCAAAACAUCACGGACGAGGAAAAGAGCGCAGCCGCUUCCGAAAUGUCAAAUUGGAACAGGCCUUUCCUUGAGAUGGUGUAUAAUGCUCUGGAAUGUGCUGAAUUUGAUUACUACGCCCUCUUUGUGCUGUGCCUCCUGUACGCCAUGUCUCAUAACAAAGGAAUCGAGCCAGUCACGCUGGAGAGAAUUCAGCUCUCGGCACAGGAUGCUGAGGAGAAGACCUCGUACAAUCACGUGCUCGCUGAGAGGCUCAUCAGGAUAAUGAACUAUGCCGCUCAGCCAGAUGGGAAAAUUCGCUUGGCUACGCUGGAACUAGGCUGCUUGCUACUGAAGCAGCUGGUGAUGUCCAAACAUGGUAGAAUUAUAAAGGAUGUUCACCUCGCCUGUUUGGAGGGCGCGAGAGAAGAGAGCGUUCACUUGGUGCGGCGUUUUUAUAAGGGCGAAGAAAUUUUUCUGGAUAUGUUUGAAGAUGAAUACAGAAGCAUGACUCUUAAGCCCAUGAAUGUCGAGUACUUGAUGAUGGAUGCCUCCAUUCUGCUGCCGCCAACAGGAACCCCUCUCACUGGGAUUGACUUUGUGAAGAGGCUGCCCUGUGGAGAUGUGGAAAGAACGCGGAGGGCAAUCAGAGUCUUCUUCAUGAUGCGGUCCCUGUCGCUGCACCUCCAGGAGGAGCCAGAGACUCAGCUGCCGUUGACGAGGGAGGAGGACUUAAUUAAAACCGACGAUGUCCUAGACUUGAAUAACAGUGAUUUAAUUGCCUGCACUGUGAUCACAAAAGAUGGCGGUCAAGUCCAGAGAUUUCUGGCGGUGGAUAUUUACCAAAUGAGUUUGGUGGAGCCGGAUGUUGCUCGCUUAGGCUGGGGAGUGGUGAAGUUUGCAGGUCUUCUCCAGGAUAUGCAGGUGACCGGAGUGGAAGACGACAGCCGUGCCCUGAAUAUCAUCAUUCACAAGCCAGCCUCCAGCCCCCAUUCCAAGCCCUUCCCCAUCCUUCAGGCCACCUUCAUCUUUUCGGAUCACAUCCGUUGCAUCAUUGCGAAGCAGCGCUUGGCAAAAGGCCGCAUCCAGGCUCGGCGUGUGAAAAUGCAAAGAAUAGCAGCUCUCCUAGACCUUCCGGUCCAACCUUCAAACGAAGUGAUGGGCUUUGGACACAGCUCAGCUUCUGCAUCUCAGCACCUGCCGUUCCGGUUCUAUGACCAAGCCCGACGUGGCAGCUGCGACCCUACCGUACAACGCUCCGUGUUUGCAUCUGUCGACAAGGUCCCAGGUUUUGCCGUCGCCCAGUGCAUCAACCAGCCCAACCCCUCGCCGCUUUCAUCUCCAUCCCCUUCGUCCAGCGGGAGCACCGGGCACUGUGACUCCGCCGCCAGCUCCACAUCAAUUCCUUCCAUGGUCCAGAGCCCGUCAGGCCUGGCAGGAAAGGACGGCGGCGGGUCUUCAGUCUCUCGGAGGCUGACAAUCACGGUGGACACUGGGUUUAGGCCUUCCGGCAGCAGCUGCAGCAGCAUCAAUCCUUGCAAAAUCCCUCCAGAUGACCCAGCAGCCACCGAGCAGCCUCAGGCAUCCUCCUCCGGCCACUCGCCGGCAGCGGACGACCCUUCUGCACACAACUCAAAGCCUGGCAAGAACCUGACGAGGAGCACAGAAGCGGAAACGGCCAAUUUAUCUCCCAGCCUCAUUCCUGCCCCGCAGCCCACCAUCUCCCUCAUCUCAAAUGACAGCACGGACAGCUUGAGCGUGGAGUCCCUGACGCUGGUCCCACCCGUCGACACGGACAGUAUUCUUGCCGUCGGCGGCAAUCAGCCCCCAGCUGCAGAACCAAGUGUUUCCACAGAGACCGAUGGACAACAAACUUAGCCGUGCGUCAAACCGUGGCUCAGAGCGUCGGGGACGCAAGCAAGCAAGCACUCUCCUUGUUCCCGCGAGCAGUUGAGCCAGCAGAGGUUUCCCUGGCUGCUUAGCGACGUCCCUCAACCCUUGACCAUCUGCGUCUCUUGAUGGAAAUUCAGCGUGCGGCGUGGGCUUUUAAAAAUAAAGAUGGGAGGAACCGCAAACUUCAGUGCAGGACUGGCCUUGCACGCUGGUGUUGCAGGGAGGGGGGAGGAAGGAAUUUAAGGGAAUUUGUGACGGACGGUAUUUCGGAAGUACCUGGCUGCUGUGCUUCCUCUUUUCUGUUGCUCGUUUUUAAAGCCACUGGUCACAGUCCCACUUGCAAAAGCCAUGACUGCAACCGAGCAAACUAAACUGUGUUGUGACCUGAACCAGUUUUUUGUCUGUGCGGUGCUUUUCCACUUCAUUUGGAGGAAACGGCCGCAGACCAAGCGACUUUAGUAGGGGGGGGCGGUGUGUGGGUGUGUGUCCCAUUUGGGCAAAUCUUCCUUCUAGCCUGCUGAGUUCUAGUUUUCGUUUUGUUCGGAGGCAUGAGCAUUCUUCUGUUGGUAAUCUCAGCCAAGCUGGCUGCUUGUAUUUAUAGCACUGUAAAACUUUAAUAUCCAACUUGUGUGUAUUCUGUGUCUGAAAUAAUUUUAACUUGAAGUUGUACGCACAUCUGUUGGCGGGGGGUGGGGUGGAUUUGCAAGCAAACACGAGAAAUCCGGGUCUUUGGCAUAACUCUAAAGGGCUUUAUUUGGAAGAACACAUGGGGGAAUUGCGGGCAAAGUUUUGUGUAAGAGAUUUCAGAGGAAUGUAAAAUAUUUUAGCAUACUGGUGUCCUGGUUUAUUUUGUGGCUUCUUUGUCGUCGUCCUUGGUGCUCUCCUGCCACGGCAGCCUUCAGAAGGAGUUUUGUUUAUAUCCUCAUCAAUCCAGUUCACAUCCCACUGGCAUUAGUUUCUGGGUACCACCAUGCAUUCUACUCAAUUCUCAAGCAGGUAAAGAGGACAGGGCCUGCCCUACCAUUAAACAGAGUCAGGCAGCUGCCUCGGGGGGCAGAUGCUCAGGAAGAACAAGCAGCAGCCCCUCACUUGUCCCCCGAGACCUCUUAAGGUAGCCAGUUACUCCAGUGAAGGAAGUUGUUGUCACCAGGGUUGAAAUAAGCUUCAAGUGCCAGUUCAGUUGGAUGAUGAUAUAGAUAGAAUGAGAAGGCAAGGUCUAGUCCUUUGCUAGCAAAUUGUUCUAUUAUGUUUCACACCUGUAAGGUCCUAGCAAUGUUUGGGAUUCAGCAAUUGAGUCCCAUAAGCAGAAGCCCUGUGCAAUGACUUCUGUUUACACAGCAGGGCUGCCCCCCUGUGUGCCCCCCAAAAUUGGGAAGGGAGGGGGGAUUGUUUUAUCUGGCAAGCUGCAAUGCUUGUCCUGGCAGAAUGAUAGACAUAGUGCAAUGUAGAAUUCCUCCCAGCAUUAAAUCAGUUAAAUUAACAGUCAAGAGCAGGGGUCAGCAAACGUUUUCGGUCCACUGUCCCUCAGACCUUGUGUGAGGGCCAGACUAUUAUGGGGGGGGGGGAUGAACGAAUUCCUAUGCCCCACAAAUAACCCAGAGAUGCAUUUUUAAAAAAGGACAUAUUCUACUCAUGUAAAAACACGCUGAUUCCUGGACUGUCUGCGCUGAAGGAAAGGUUUUUUCCAACUGCUGGCUCUUCAAUAUUUCAGUGACACAAUGUUCUUGGAAAACGAGCAGGUGCAGGAUCGUGUUCCAUGGAGAGGGGAACACUGUGAACUGCUUUUGGAAGGGUGCCUUCCUCCCAAUAACCUUCUGUCUGGGAGAUAGAGAAGGCUGCAUCACAGCAGCUGGAGAACCCAAGGGCUUCAUUGUUCAUUUUCCUGCCUCCAAGCAAAGAUCCGGUAAAUUCAAUGAAGUCAUGCUGACUUCCUUUUGUAGCAUACAAGCUUAUUCUCAACAUAUUCAUGUUUUCCUCUUCUGUUUGAGACCGUUACAGCUGCUCCCAAAAUUUUGCACCUAAGAUUUGUGCCCCAGUCAACAAACAAACAUUGGGAAAGGAGUACUACAAGGCUGUAUAUUGUCUCCCCUGCUUAUUUAACUUAUAUGCAGAAUUCAUUAUGAGAAAGGCUGGACUGGAUGAAUCCCAAGCCGGAAUUAAGAUUGCCGGAAGAAAUAUAAACAACCUCAGAUACGCUGAUGACACAACUUUGGUGGCAGAAAGUGAGGAGCAAUUAAAGAACCUUUUAAUGAGGGUGAAAGAGGAGAGCGCAAAAUAUGGUCUGAAGCUCAACAUCAAAAAAACUAACAUCAUGGCCACUGGUCCCACCACCUCCUGGCAAAUAGAAGGGGAAGAAAUGGAGG